AACGUCACAAAGAGCCUCAUUAACAAUUAAAUAUAAAAUUAAGUAACCUCGAUCAUUCCAGCACACUGAGACACCCAUGAAGCAGCAGAGAUCUGUCACGGACACAGCGUACCUGUGGCUUUAACCCGAGCCCUGCGGCCAUGUUUGUGAGGUCAUGAGUCUGUCUGUCUGUCUGACUGAGGACUUGUUGAGAAGAUGGUGCUGAGGAGAAGGAGCGGCGCUCGGAGCUGAAGAUGUCUGCUGGUGGAUGCUCAGCAGCUUCAGCAUCAUCCCUCCAUCCUCCCACAGCAAAUAAAUGAGUCAACAUGGCCGCGGAGCAGCUCACCCUGCAGCACCACUGAGACACACAAGAAAACAACACACAGAUUAAAUGGCGUUCAUGUCCCGGUUCUCCCGGUCCCGGAGCAGCUCCAGGUCUCCGAACCGAAAGGACUCUGAGCGUGUGUGCCCGACCCUGACCGUGUCCGAGCUGGAGCGGCUGCUGUGCACCGGGAAAACUGCCUGCAACCACGCGGACGAAGUGUGGCCACGACUCUACAUCGGAGAUCAAGAUAUUGCAUCAGACCGGCGUGAGCUGGCCAAACUUGGCAUCACACACAUCCUGAACUGCGCCCAGAGCAAGUGGCGCGGCGGAGCGGAGUACUACGCCGGCAUGAACAUCACGUAUCACGGCAUCGAGGCUCACGACUCGCCCACCUUCGACAUGAGCGUCAACUUCUACCCUGCUGCUGAGUUCAUCCACAAAGCCCUCACCAGUGGAGGUAAGGUCCUGGUGCACUGCACUGUGGGGGUGAGCCGCUCAGCCACGCUGGUGCUGGCCUACCUGAUGAUCAGACAGAACCUGACGCUGGUGGAGGCCAUUAAAACCGUCAAGGACCACCGAGGCGUCAUCCCCAACCGGGGCUUCCUCCGCCAGCUCAACGGCCUGGACGGCAUCCUGAGGGAGAGCCGUAAGACGUCACCGCAGAGCUGAAAACACACACUCAACACACACAUACACACAAACAUACACACAACCUGAGGUAGCAACUAGACUGGUUACACUGAGGGAAAUAAUGGGACCAAGUAAGGAGCAACUGGUGGGUUUCUGACACUGUAGCUCUGAGUGGCAGCAGGUUUGACUGGAAUCAGUAUCUUCAGACUCAAUUUAUUCACUUUUACUUAUUUUAUAUUGUUGUUUAUAGUGUUUGAGCCUCUGAAACAACAUCUGAUGCUAAAACUACAGCAGCUACAAGGAGUUUUUAUCCGGUUAUCAAACCGUUUGAGUUUAAUUCUGGUGCCUCUAUAACCAAAAUAAGCAAACGAGAUCAUCAGUGGGACGGAUUCCCCACAAAAUCAGAUGAAACAAUUAUUGAGUUUACAAUUAAGACCAGAAGAGCCUAUGUUUACAUUGCCACAGCAGGCAAGAGAUUUUUCUUUAGAUAAUUAGAUUUUUUUAAUUCAAUAUUUUGUGAUUAUGUCUGAUACUGGGGCAGGAUCAACACAGAGAAAAAGAAAAAUGACUGAACUCCAUUCAGAAAACAGUCAUUUUAAAAGUAAUGUUCUUGUGUUCUUGCAGGCAAACCUGACCAAACAGGAAUUCAGGCUUUUUAAACAUCAGCAUCAUGUUGCAUCCUUUUUGAUCCGUUUAUUGCAAUUAAAUCGCGGCAAAAUCUGUUUAUGUACCGCCGUAUUAGUGCAGUCAUCCAGACACAGUUGCUGGAGAACGUGAUGAAACUCACUGAGCUGUGUGCGAUAUUACGAUAUUAUUAAUCCAGACAUGACACUGUUUGGUUUACUGACAUAUCUGGGACUUCCACAACAGCUACGAAGCAGCACUAGUGGUUAUUUUUGCCACUGUUGAUUUUGAAAAUCCCCUGCACUGUGUAGCUCUGAUCGUCCUGAACUCCAUUCAGAAAACAAGCAUUUUAAAAGUAGUUUUCUUGUGGUCUUGCAGACAGACCUGACAAAGCAGGAAUUCAGGCUUUUUUUUAAACAUCAGCAUCAUGUUGCAGUUAUUUCGGCAUCCUUUUGAUCCGUUUAUCACAAUUAAAUCAUGGCAAAAUCUGUUUAUUUACCGCUGUAUUAAUGCUGUACUGGUUCACAGAGCUGUGUGCACCACUGGAUAUUAUAUCCGAAAUAAAAAGCAAGAGGUUCUGCAAGUACCUGCCAAACACAGGGUAAUUGUUGGCUUAAACACAUAAGAAGAAACUUAAAACCAAAAAAGUAAGUUUGUGAUUAAUACAGAAUGCAACGAUUUGCAAAUAUUUUUCUUCCUACAUUCAAUUGAAUACAUUUCAAAGACAAGAUAAACUUUGUUUCUUUGUCAUUUGAAUCAGGAUUUAUUAUAUGUUAAUUUAUAUAACUAAACCCAUGCUGUUGCUUAUCAGGUAAACUUAAUUUAAAAAGGUGAUUAAAAGUGUGCAGGUUUCAACACAACAACUGGUUAAAAUGGAGAUAACAGUGUUGCUUUUGGCCCUGAGUGCUACCAGUAAAACCAUGUGAGUGCUAUUGUUUCUCAUUUAAGAGAGAUAAUCUGCAGUGUUUCUAUCAGCCAGCCUGGUUCCCAGGGUCAGGAUUCAAGGGGCCCCCCAUGCUUGAUUUUGUGUGAGGCCCCCGAAAUGACCACACCUGGUUCUGUCCACACGCAGGCUCUUUUGUAAUCAAACAGAGGGUUAAACCUCAGAAAAAGAAGACUCUUGCUCAGUGAUUCUUCCCCGUAGGUUAAGUCUUUGCAGGUCUUCCCUCAACGUACUUUUUUUACAUUCAGCAAGUGUCAUUAAGUGCUCUGAACAGCUCACACACUAGUUGUAGCCCAGGUCUAAACCAGCACAGUUAUGUAGCCCGUUGAGUAUUGUAUUACAGUGUUGUCACAAUCUGUACACAAGUGUUAUCUGUGACGAGUUUGUGAAUAGCAGCAUACAGUAUACUAUGAUUUCUGUUCAAUGUAUUGUUUCAAUCCAAUGUAUUUCCAAUAACCACUUUGUUAUUAGAUAUCUUGUGUGUGAUGAUCAUGAAAUUCACCCAGAGACGAGACAAAAAGCCCAUUCGGACGGGAUUGACAUGUGGAGGUGGAGGAAUUAAGUGUUAACUGUUUACCUCAAUGAUAUCUGGAGAACUUUUAAUCGUCCUGAAACUACAGGUUACAUACUCCCCCUCCGAGUCCUAACUCACACAUACUUUUGGAUUUAGUGCAACAUUAAGGGGAUAUCAAUAUAUCUGAUAUUCAUUGUGCUAAACGUCCAUAAAUCUGCUUAGAAAUCAUAGAAAAAAACAAUUCAGAACUUGCCCGAGAAUCAUCAAAAUUUAAGGUUUUCUUCAGUAUCAAAAUACUGCAGUAAUAGUAUUCUGUAUACCUAUGGGUGCACUGCAAACAGGAGCUGCUAACAGAUCAUUCGGCAUACUUUUAAUUGUGACAACUUGCCAAAAUAUAAACAAAUAUAGGCCUAAAACUAGAAAAGUGCACUCAAUACAGUGCAGCUCUCCACCAGGCAAUGAUUGAUCCAAACUUCAUUCAGAAAACAAACAUUUUAAAAUUUGUUUUUUGUGGUCUUGCAGACUGACCUGACAAAGCAUGAAUUCAGAGUUUUUACACAUCAGCAUCAACAACAUCGGCUUCCUUUUGAUCCAUUUGCUGCAAAGCUAAAUCAGUUUAUUUACCUCUGUAUAAGGGCAGUCAACUAGACGCAGCUUUUGGAGAAGUCAAUGACAUUCACCAAGCUGUGUGCAUCUCUGGAUAUUUUUAAUUCUACUCCAAAAAAGUAGAAGUAAAAAAAGUAGAAGAACAAGCAGCUAUUCCCGCAGGACAAAAACUCACUUUAAAUUACAAGGACGUUGCUCCAGAUAGAACUUAAAUUACAGGAGAACCAACCAGUUCAUAGUAGAAUUCCAGUAGAAACUAACUCCACCUCCCCAAGAGAAAUAAAUCCUGUCCAAGUGGUGCUUCAGACUCAACGUAGUGCUCUAACAAGGAUUUAACAACUUCCAGUCUGGUGCAUCACUUCAACUUUACAGUGACUGUUAGCUGUCUGAGGUAGAACUCUAAGUGAUCGCUUUAAUAUGCCAGCACAAGAAGCAUUUAGUGUAGACGUGCAUUGGGAGACAAUAUCACAAAUGUG